UAUUCUACUCUUUUUUUCAUAUCACGACCCAGUUUGGUAAAUGAUCUAAUUUGGAUAAUCUUCUUAGAACUGGGCACAUAUAUUUAUUACUGGUGUUGAUAUAUUAGACCAUUCCGUACCACCGGAAUAUAGCAAUAAGUCGAUGGCGUUGACCACGUUGUUACGGCCAGCCAUAUUUAGUACAAAAGGGAUUAUAAGUGUAAUUUUGCUGCUAAUAGUAUUCCAACAACUGUCGUCUCGAUUUGGAUUUAGCCGUAUCUUGUCACCAUUAAUUAUGUCUUCUGGUCCUAUGCACCAAACCAACAUGGGUAGUGAAACGAACUUCAACCAAUCCGGCGUCUACUCUAUGGCAUUUGUAACGGUACCUGAUAUUAAUGUAGCCAAACAUAUUGCCGGGGGUUUGGUCAGAGAAAAGCUAGCAGCUUGUGUCAAUAUAAUACCUGGUGUGAUUUCUGUGUAUGAAUGGGAAAAUGAAGUAAAUGAAGACCCUGAAAUAUUAUUGAUGAUAAAGACCCGAACUUCUCGGGUCAAUGAUGUUGUUGAAUUUGUUCGUGGCAAUCAUCCAUAUGAUGUUGCAGAGGUAAUAUCAACACCAAUUGAUAAAGGCAAUGCUCCAUAUCUUAAAUGGAUUGCAGAUAUUGUACCACAAAAGUAAUUUUAAUAGAGUAAUUUACUUCUGAAGUUGAAGUUUGUGUAAACCAUUUAGACAUUUGAAGAGACUUAACUGAAAUAAAAUGUUCUUAUUUUC